UAACGAUAAUAAUUAUUAUCAUAAAGUAAACAAUUGUUUGUUAUUUAAGUGUAUGCUUGGGGAAAAAAGAAUUGGGAAGAAAAUGAUUCGGAAGAAAGUGAUUGGAAAGAAAAUGAUAGUUAGGUUGUUAACGAAAACAUAACUAAUUUUAGUGUACCGUGGCAGGUGAAACAUGAAUUGGAGAAAAGGAAAGUUGUCCGUAUCGCGUGUGAUUCAAAUUUUAACAUAGUUGUAACUGACGAAAGUAAACUAUACGGUUGACGCGAUAACAAGAGCAUCCAGAUUAUAUUCGACCGUGCAAAAUAUUAUAAAUACCCACGCGAAAUUAUCAGAAUCUCGGAUAAAACAGUUAAGGUGGUCUGUGGAGACGGGCAUACAUUGGCGCUCGCAAAUAAAGGAGAAAUCUAUGCCUGAGGCUCGAACUUAUUUCGACAAGUAGGUGUAAAUAGCAACCAGAAACCUUCCGGACCGAUCGUGGUAAACAUCCCCGAGAUGGGAAAGAUUUUGGAUAUUGCUGCUUAUUGUAACUUGAACGUUGCCGUUGGCUGUGAUAAGAUUGUCUAUGUGUGACGUAAAUUUUGUUUUGAUCUUCAUAAUACUAUACCGUUUCCCACAAAGUUUCGAAAAUUCAUGAUGCGUUUUGCGCAUUUUGCGCACAGUGUGUGGAGUAGUGUGCACAAUUCAUCGAUUGUGUUUAUGAAUAAUUUCAAUUGUCGAAUGAUCUUAUAAUAUUAGUCAAAGGACAACCUAUUUAUGUUCACUAUCCUUAAGAUUCGUUGUCAGUAUUUUAAAAAUAUGUUUCAACAUGAUUGGACUGAAAAUAUUCAAAGCAUAUCGGAUUCAGUGUACACGGUAUCAGAGAAAUUUUCUUACGUCGUUUAUAAAGCCUUCUUAAAAUAUUUAUAUACCGGCAUAAUCGAUUUACCUUCGGAGAAUGCAUUAGAACUUAUGGAAUUGGCCGAUAUGUAUUGUGAAACCAAUCUUAUAAGAGAUUGCAGUCAGAUAAUAAAGAAAGUCAUUACUGUGUCAAAUGUAGCCUUCUUCUACAAUAAAGCUAUCGAAUGCAAUGCUAAGGAACUCAAAGAAUUCUGCUUCCAGUUUGCUCUGCGUCACAUGAAAGCUGUAGUAUUAUCGGAAGAGUAUAUUAAGUUAGACACGAGUACAAAGGAUAAUUUUAUGCACAGAGCAGCUAAAGGAAAUACUCUCGAAAUAUGAUUUUUUUGACAUAAGUUUCGAACCAAAUCGCAGAUCGUUUUUUAUUCAUAUACAUGAAUCAUUGAAGCUAUAUAUGUCCAAUAAAUCUUCUUCUAGUUACCAUUUUAUAGUUUAAGGUAAU